UUUGAUGUUGUUGAUGAGCGAGUUUUGCGGAAUUUGGAGAAAUUAUGGACUGGAAAACGUGAUGCUGAGUUCUCCAUUGGGCCUGAACGUAAUGAGGGUGACAAGGACAGGCAGUUGUUUGGCGUUCUCUUCCGCCCUUGUGAAUCGGAUAUCGCGGAAGAUGCUGUUAAGGAGGUUUCGAAAGUCUGCUAGUCGUGCACGUAUCGGCACCAGUACGCACGUUUGGAUUGGUUGUAGUCCACAUUUUCCAGCUCUUGUAAUACAAGGUCUUGAGUACCCCAUCGACAUCCUGUUGACGUUCUCGUACGUUCUACCAUUGAAGCGGAACGAUUUCAUUGGUCAAGGAGGAGGAGUGGCAUCAUAUAUUCAAUUUUCAAAGGAACCAUCAGUUCGUCGUAUUUCCCUUCGAGUGCUCUGCGUAGAACGUCACGCGUCAAAACCAGAGAGGAACAUAUGA